AUAAAAAUAAAUAAAUUUGAAUGAAGCUUUUUUUUGACAAUAUUGAAUGAAGCUAACUUUCAAUUUUUGUAUUGCAUUUAUAUAUUUAGAUAUGUCGGUCACAUGAUGAGCUACAAUUGCAAGUAAUAUCCAAAGCAUAUGCAUUCUUCUUCUCUUUCCACUAUGACUCCCACAACUUCAUGGUUUACACCCAAAAGGUUACUUGCUAUAUUUUGUGUGAUUAAUUUGCUAAACUAUUUGGAUCAAGGAGCAAUAGCUAGCAAUGGUGUUAAUGGAAGUAAGGGAACAUGCACCGAAGGUGCUGCUACUUGUACUUCUGGUACAGGAAUACAGGGGGAUUUUAACUUGAACAAUUUUGAAGAUGGGAUUUUAUCAUCUGCUUUUAUGGUUGGACUUCUCGUGGCUUCUCCGAUAUUUGCCUCUCUAGCUAAGAGCGUAAAUCCAUUUAGACUUAUAGGAAUUGGAUCGUCAAUUUGGACUCUUGCAACCUUAUUUUGUGGUUUUUCUUUUAAUUUCUGGUCCAUUUCAGUUUGUCGCAUGCUGGUUGGCGUUGGCGAGGCUUCGUUUAUAAGUCUAGCAGCACCUUUUAUUGAUGACAUUGCCCCAGCUUCUCAGAAAACAACAUGGCUCGCAAUAUUUUACAUGUGUAUACCAUCGGGAUACGCACUUGGCUAUAUCUAUGGUGGUUUGGUUGGAAGUUAUUUUGGUUGGCGUUAUGCGUUCUGGAUAGAGUCUAUAUUGAUGCUUCCAUUAGCUAUUUUAGGAUUUUUAAUGAAGCCUUUACAGUUGAAAGGUUUUUUUCCCACUGAUAUGAUAACGGCGCAAGUACCUGAGACAGUUGCAUUAGAAAUUCAAGUCACGAACGCUUCGAUUGGCAAAGAAGAGUCACUGUCCUUAAAGGCCGAGUUCAAAGACAAAAGCUCAAAUGACCAAUCCAAGUCUAAAUCUGCGACAAAAAUGUUUGAUCAGGUUUCAAGUUUUUUGGUUGAUAUGAAAGCACUCCAUCUUGAUAAGGUUUAUGUUAUCAAUGUCCUAGGCCACAUAGCAUACAACUUUGUCAUAGGUGCUUACUCAUAUUGGGGUCCCAAAGCUUGCUAUAAUAUUUAUCACAUGGCUGAUGCAGAUUUGGUAUUUGGAGGAAUUACAGUCGUAUGCGGAAUAGUGGGCACAUUAGCUGGAGGCUUUGUUCUUGAUUUUAUGACUAACACCUUACCAAAUGCAUUUAAGCUUCUAUCAGUGACAACAUUUCUUGGUGCAGCAUUUUUUUUUGGUGCCUUCUUAUGCAGAAAUGUGAAUGGCUUUCUUGUUCUUUUCUCUAUCGGCGAACUUCUUGUUUUUUCCACUCAGGCUCCGGUGAAUUAUGUAUGUCUCCAUUAUGUUAAGCCAGGUUUGAGGCCUCUAUCGAUGGCUAUGUCUACUGUCGCCAUUCAUGUCUUCGGAGACGUGCCUUCCUCACCUCUUGUUGGAGUUCUCGAGGACAGCAUUAACAACUGGAGAACAACGAUAUUGAUUCUAACAACUGUAUUAUUUCCAGCAGCUGGAAUAUGGUUUAUCGGAAUAUUUGUGCAUAGUGUGGAUAAAUUUGAAGAUGACAGUGAGAAUCAAGCGUGCACUAUACCGUUGCUUCACGAGAAGGCUGGAGAAACAUCAGCAUCUCAUACACAAUCUCAAGAAUGUUGAUUUUCUUUACUUAAAAAAAAAAUGCAUACUCAGAGCAUUUCACACAAUAGCGCAAGUAAAAUAACUCUCCUUUUCCUUGUAGAAGCAUGUAAAUAUAUUUAAGUUGAGUUGAAUUUUAAACUAACUUAUCUAAAAUCAUUUAUAUGGGCCUUAAAUUACAAGAAUUCAAUUUUUUUACUUAAAUUUUAGGGACCUUCUUUCAAGGGAAGGUCACCUCGCAAAAAUAGAGGAACGCCACUUAUAGUAGCAAGUACACAGUAUUCUUUAGUAAAAGGCAAAAGAAUAGUUCGCUAUUUACUUACUGCAUGGCUCCACAACUAGCAAGUUUGUUAACCUCAACUAUUUAUGUUGUAGCUAUAGCUGGAACUUCUUCUCAUUAAGCAAUGUGGGACUUGGUUGUUUUCAUAAGUAAAUCUAUACAUUCCGCAACUGCAAUUUUU